AUGCUCCUCAGUUGCAAAAGGCCAUUGACAACAGAGGAGCUUCUUGAACCUCUUUUCAAGCGCUCGCGACAUGAUGUGCUUAUGGGGCCGGAGGAGCAUGCACUGGUGGCGGCGCAAGAGGCUGCCGGCUGCGACGCCGACUUUGUGGAAGCGGCUGCUGCUGCCGCAGUUGAAGAAGCAGAGUAUCGCAGGAUGCCAGACGAUGUACAGGAUCAGCCUGCACUGAAGAGACUUCGUGGCAUGAUCGAAGGUCCCAGCACUGCAGCUGCUCCAUCGAGCGAGGGAAUGAGCAAAGAGGCGUUGGUUCGACAUUGGGCUGAAGACGUCGUAAAAUCACUACAUGGAUGUCCAUCCGUGGAACAGGCCGUGCAACGGUGCAGCGCUGCGCUGACAGAUUUCGAGUCGCAAGUGCGUUCAGCCACUAUGCGAGAGGCCGAACAAUUGCGUGAAGAGAUGCGUGCGAAUUCUGUAGAGGAGGCGACGUGCUCACGCCUGCAGCACACGAACAAGGUUCUCCUGAAGGCGGUUCAUCAUCUUGCAGGGCGAUGUCGUAAACUUGAAGGUAGCUCAAGCGAGGUGCAGUCGUUGCGACAGGCUUUGGAACAAUCGCAAGAGACGCAGCGAAGGCUGCAACACUCGAAUCAAGUGCUUCAGGAGCACCUGAAGGUGCACUUGAAUGCCUGCCAUCUAGCCUGA